AUGCCUGAUAUCCUCAUUGUCAACGACAAUGCUUCCUUCGCUUCAAGUGAUACCUUCUCUACUCAAGACUCGGUAGAGCAACUACGACACUCACUCCGUCGAAGAAACACAGUUGCCAAGCUCACAAGAAGGGUUUCUAAAAGAAUAUCUCAAACAAUCAAAGCCGGAGUUCAAGAGCAUACGCUGAGCGAAAAGAAUCUCAAAGAUCUCCAUGACACAACAGAUAUUGAUCCACACAACCUAUGCUCGUCACCUCAUCAAGUUCAUGAUGUUAAAACAUACGACCCUAUUCAUGAAACCAUCGAAGAGGAAUGCCCUAUCUUCGACGUGGAAGCAGCAAGAGAGACGCGUCUACAUCAGUCAUACGCUACCUUCUGUCAAAACUUUACGCUAUCGGGAACAACAAAGAUGAGUAGGAAGUUCGACUUAUCAAUGGGAACGGAGUGGGCAGAGGAACAUACACAGUCCUCUGGCACAGGUCCAAAUCUCAAAAACAACGACACAUCUGAAUUUUUUUCAGGUUCUCAUGCCUAUCCCGAACACAUACCGGUCCAUUCAAGGCCCAGACCAAGUACAGUCGCAUUCCCAAUAUCAUCCCCAUCAACGGAUCCUGAAGAUAUACCUAUAUCACACUCCGCAACUAUCGAAAAUUCUUCUUCGAGAUAUCCAGUUGAAGACUUCAACGGGAUCAACUCAGGUUUUGAGACAGCACCCAAUUCCAAUUACCCCCAACCACCGCCUCACGUCAUUACCCCAACCGUCUGGAUGGACAUGAAGCGCGACGAGCGAGAACGCAGAGCAACUCGUCGUCAAAGACUCCUAAAUCCAUUUCGGUCGUGGUUUAUGACAAGUCAGCCAGCGUGGGGACGGAGACAGGAAGUGGUCAAAUGA